CAAUACUAGCUAGCUAGCCAAAACUGAAGUAGCCAUGGUUAUGGUUCAUCUCACUAAGCUACUUUCUUCUUCUUGCUCCCAUUUUCUCCCUUCUUCUUCCUUGGUGCUUCGUUUGACAUUAAUAAUAUUACUAGUUUCAUGCAAAACAAUUAAGGGUUUGGUGAAACUACCAGCAGAUGUGUCUGUUCCAGCAGUGUUUGUGUUUGGAGAUUCGGUGGUGGAUACAGGCAACAACAACAACAGAACAACAUCGUUUGCUCGCUCGAAUUUCCCUCCAUAUGGGAGAGACUUUCAAGGUGGCAUCCCAACUGGUCGAUUUAGCAAUGGAAAGGUUCCAUCAGACCUUAUAGUUGAAGAGUUGGGCAUUAAGGAGCUUCUGCCAGCAUAUUUGAAACCCAAUCUCCAAUCUAGUGAUUUGAUCACAGGGGUCUGUUUUGCUUCAGGUGGCUCAGGCUACGACCCUUUGACAUCAAUAUUAGAGUCAUCGAUGCCAUUAACUGGGCAAGUGGAUUUGUUGAAAGAAUACAUAGGGAAACUAAAAGGGCUGGUUGGAGAGGACAGAGCAAAGUUUAUCUUAGCCAACAGUCUAUUCAUUGUAGUAGCAGGCAGCAGUGACAUUUCUAAUACCUAUCGCACUAGAUCCCUCCUCUAUGAUCUUCCUGCUUACACUGAUCUUUUGGUCAACUCAGCUUCUAAUUUCUUGACGGAAAUAAAUGAGCUGGGUGCACGGAGGAUUGCAGUAUUCAGUGCACCCCCAAUUGGGUGUUUGCCAUUUCAGAGAACAGUGGGAGGAGGAUUAGAAAAAAGAUGUGCAGAAAGGCCCAACAAUUUGGCCCAAUUAUUUAACACCAAAUUGUCAAAGGAGCUUGAUUCCCUCAACCGCAACUUUCCCAAUAGCAGGAAUGUUUUCAUCAAUGUUUACGACCCUCUACUUGACAUCAUCACCAAUCACCAAAAAUAUGGCUAUAAAGUUGGAGACACAGGAUGCUGUGGCACAGGCAGGAUAGAGGUUGCAAUACUAUGCAACCGUUUCGAUUCCAGCUGUCCCAAUGUUCAGGAUUAUGUCUUUUGGGACAGUUUUCAUCCUACAGAAAGCGUUUACAAGAGGCUCAUAUCUCCUAUUCUUCAAAAAUAUUUGGACCAAUUCAAGUGACCAGUUAUUUUUAAGAAAUAAAGCCUCAAACUUGUGGGUGGCUGAAGGCUUGGCUAAUUUGUUAGAAUUAUGUCCAUUAAUAUUAUUUAAUUAUUAAAUUAAAUCUUAUAUUAUCAAUAUUAAUUAUGAAAAUAAGUUUUAUUUUAUUUUAAUUUAUGAAUAUUAUUUGAAUUUAUUAUGCGAGUGAGUUUAUGACGUGUUCUUGGUGUUCACACCAAGAGUUCUAUUCUCGUCUGCUAAUUAUAAAAUUAUUAAUUUGUUA